AUGAUGUCGAACCCCACAGACAAGACCAACCCCGCAGAACAACCACAACAGAAGCCCCAAGUGCUGGAGGAAGACGAUGAGUUCGAAGAUUUCCCCGUCGAAGAUUGGAGCCAGGAGGAUGCAGAGCAGUCCGCUGCUAACGGCGGCAAUGAACACCUGUGGGAGGAGAGCUGGGAUGAUGACGAUGCCGCCGAGGACUUCUCUAAGCAGUUAAAAGAAGAACUAAAGAAAGUUGAGGCCUCGACCUAG